CCCCGCGCGGGCUGCUGGGAGUCCGGGAAGGGCCGCCGGGGGAGAAGAUGGCGGCGCAGGGAAGGGCCCGGGCGGGCGGCGGCGAGGAGGAGCGGGAGUCCGGGCGCUCGGAGACGGAGCUGCUGCUGCACCCGGAGCUGCUCUCGGAGGAAUUCCUGCGGCUCACCCUGGAGCAGAAAAAUAUAUUAGUCGAAAAUGAUGUAAAGAUGGACAAAGAUGGRCUCACUGAUCUCUACGUUCAGCAUGCCAUUCCCCUGCCUCAGCGUGACUUGCCAAAAAGUAGAUGGGGGAAAAUGAUGGAAAAGAAAAGACAGCAAAAUKAUUUGAAAAGUGAGAAUAAAAGCAUUACAACAGUGGAAGGCUUAAGGAAACGGCCCUUAAUUGUAUUUGAUGGGAAUUCAACAAGCACAAGCAUAAAGGUGAAAAAGACCGAGAAUGGAGCUGCUGACCGCCUGAAGCCUCCUCCAGCUGGAAGCACCACUAACACAGUUAGAAGAUUAUCAGUUCCUUCAAAUGCCUCAACAUACAUUUCUGCCUCCAGUUUGUCAGAGGACGCUAAACUGGGAAUAAAGAAUAAUGAGGCUAAACAGAACAAUAUUUCAAAGACUAACAGCAGUAUGUUGACGAAUCUGAAGGUGUACCCKUUGUCUCCAAUAGCAGGAACUACUGUUGUGAAGUUAAAGAGAUCUGUUCCAAAAGAGGAACCUGAUUUGCCGAGUGACCUAAAGCCUUCGGAAGCAAAGAAGAAAAUCCAGCAUGUUACAUGGCCAUGAAGUAGCUAAUGGAGUGUAGAAUUUGCAGUGCAAGUCAGGUUGGUAAUAAGAGAUGAACUAUUUUAACAGCAUUGCUUCAAAUUGAAGUUUCUCUUGAUGUAUGAAAAUAAGGAAUGCAUAGAUGGAAAUACGCAAUUAGACUCUUUGAUAGGAAACUUCGAGAGGAAGUAGUGGAUGGAUUAGUGCCAUGUUCUCUUAAGUACACAGACAUAUUUCAUACAUGCAUAAAUGUAAAAAUGUGCCAAUGUAGCAAAUCUGAUURUUUUCCUGGUUACAAUCAUGCUUAUAAAAUAUGGGGAAAACCAGUGGAAUGCAGACCAAUGCUUACUCAUCUUACAAACAGUUGGAGAGGGAUGUGGAUAGGAAGACAGAAGUACCUUGAGAGCAUUAACACGUCAUUACACUYGUUUUCCCUUCCUUUGAUAAUUUAAGAUSGAUUUUGCUUUUCUGUGAAACUUGRUGUUUCAUCUGGAUUAUUGGUAGUGCCUCACAGGCCAAAAAUCCAGUUAAGUUGAUGGAAACAUUUUUAUUAAAACUCAGUGGCUCAAGGUGAAGCCUAUUUAGAUCAGUUUUAGAUAUGGAUGGUAAAUAAGAAUAWCAAUGCUCCCAGACUUGGUAAAACMAAAAAAGAAUCCACUUCCGAAUCCACUUAGUUAACYCAAUAAAAGAAGCUCGGCAGUGAUCUGAAAGCUUGUUUACGUUUUUAACACUGGUUUAUAUUGAAACCAAAAACCGUAGCUAAGUUCAUUACUUUACAGAAGUUCUCCUUUCACUGUUACAAUGUAAAAGGCACUUCUUGAAUGCUGUAAAAUGGUAAGAAUGUGUGUUUUGAAAUGGUGUGCUGUUUUCCUUUUACUAAACACUUGUGCAGUUUUUGUACUUGAGUACAGSAAACUUUAACGUAAUGUACAUUUUGUAUGUAAAGACUUGUCUUUUAAGUAGCCUUAUCCUAUUUAAAUAAAUUAAAAGCAAACAAAGCAGUGCUGACUUGUUUUUGUGAUGUAAUUAAGCAUUUUCAUUUCAUACAGUUGUAUUUCAGUGCACUUGAAGUGAUCAGCACUUAAAGCUUACAAGGUAAAAGGGUCAGUAGCUGCUUUGCAGCUGUAGCAGCAGUUAGUGUCAUGUACUGUUUUUUGCACUAGUGUAACAGUCUGGUGGGAAUUCUGUUUUGUGGUUGGCUUCUUGUCAGUGCUCUAGAGUCUGGGAUGUAUUUUAUAUAGUUCCAGUUGCUAGGAGCACGUGUGUUUGUGUGUUUUAUGGAGGGAUAUGCAGAACUGUGCUGGAAUAAUAGCGUGAUGCUGCUGUUACAUAGUAGCAAUCCUGUUUUCAGGCSGGGAUGCUUUCCAGCCUCAUCAUGUUUCGCCCACUUUUCCCCAAAGCUGGGGCCAUUUGUAGCACUUGGGAGGCAACAUGUAAGCCAUGCUGCUCCUAUUGCCUUCUUAGAAUCAUCAAGGUUGGGAAAGACUUCAAGAUCAUCUAGGUCCAACUUUCCGCUGAAUUUCACAUGCACACUGAAUUAGAUCAUGAAGARUCAUGUCUACUGYUUUUUUGAACACUUCCAGGGUGAUUCCACCAUUCCCUSGGAGCCUGUUCCAGUGCUUUAUGACAUCMAGUAAAGAAAAUUUUCCCUAUAUCCAGCCUGACAAUUUGAGGCCGUUUCCCCUUGUCCUAUGGCUAGUUGUCUGAGAGAAGAGGCCAAGCCCCACCUUUGCUACGAUCUUCUUUCAGACAGUUGUCAAGAGCAGGAAGGUCUCACCUCUGCCUUCUUUUCUCCAGGAUAAGCAACCCCCAGCUUCAGCCCCUUYACCAGCUCCAUURCCUUUCURUGGACAUACUCCAGCACCUCAAUGUGCUGCGAGUAGUGAGGGGACUAAAACUGAACACAGGACUCGAGAUGUGGCCACUUAUCAGUGCCUUUAGCUCAARGUAAUCUUUCUUCUAUCAGCAGAGUAUUAGAGCAGAGCUGCAGUGUGCUGGGGAAUUGGCAGACCCCAGAGGAGAGAGAGGGAGUGAGGUGUUUGCCCUCCUUUUGGAGGUGUGCAUAUAAGAGUGAUUUUUGUUGCUAUUUGCUGUAGCUUUCAUCAUAGAGUGAAAUCACCAAGGGUUAGCAUUUAGCCACUUAAUGAAUUCUGAUUAGCACAGUGUGCACUUCAAAAAUGUCACCCAGCCAACUUCUUAAAAUGGCUUGCAAUAAACUAAACCUGAUCUGAUACAUCUAUUUAGCUUGUAGAAUCAAUGAGAAGGGAAUGACCUGUGAGCGCUUUGCACUUGGUACAAAGAAACAAAGUCAAGAGUGGUGGCAGAAACUAGGACCAAAAUUUCCCUACCUAACUAAACACUAAGUACAUCCCUAAAUCUUAUGUUCACAUCCAAAGAUUCCUGUUGGAGGUGUGACAUAUUUCUUUCCUCCUUUUUCUGGACACAAAUGAAUUCCAUCUCAAAGAUGUACUGGGACCGUAAUUUGCAUAACGUGGCCAUAUUUCUUGGAGUUUGCUUUGGAAAAAGGUUUACCUUCCUUUGUAUUGUUUCCUUUUGAUGUUAUUGUCUUGCCAGCRUGCUGUUGUUGACUGUUGCCUCUGAGGCAAACAUGUAGUGGAAAUUAUGCUACAACAAAGGGUAUUACGUAUCCCAAUAGAGAACAAAAUUAAAGAAUGCCCUACUAUAGAAUUUUCUAACUUUCGCAAAGAUGAAUGUCUUUUGAGUUGUCUUGACCUCCUUACUUGCUGAGAAGAAAAAUAUUUUGGGUUUGAGAUUAGAGCCUAUGAACACAUUUUUAUCAUCUGCAGUCAGUUCAGUGUUUUUACACACUUGUUCAUUUUUGAUGAUAAUUUUCCCACUGACUUCAAUUAGUAGAAGAUUAUGUUGUAAAGCACGGGCCUUCUGAGAAUUGUCUAAACUUCACAYCCCCAAAAACUGGGUGCAAAAGGGGCUGUGUUUGUAUAUAUUGUGUUUCUUCAGAAUGUGAAAGAAUUUUUGUAAAUAUGUAAAUACAAUGAAGCCACAAUCACAGUUUUGUUUUAAACAAUUUUAUUUUGAAAAAUACAAUGUGCAGUGUAAUGUCAACUAACUGUAAUACUGACACCGUCAAUCAGAACUUGUACUUCACACAAUGAUCAGCUAGUCAUGCAAUAAAAUAUGUACCUGUCAUGAAGCACUCCCACUUCCACUGUUUCAUCGUUAUCUCUUUAUAGCAUGUCACAAAUCCAUGUACGUUAAAACACAUUCUACUUUUGCAGCCUUUUACAGAUUUGACAGCACACUCUACUCACAUAGCUCAAGAGCACCUGGAUGAGGCCAGCCUUAUUGGAAUUGARUGGCCUUUGCCAUUGAUUUCAGUGGGCUGAAGGCUUCACCCUGAAU